CUUGGACAAAUCUUUUUCCCCACUGUCAGGUAGCUGAGAGGGAAUUUGUUUGUCCAAAGAACUAGUAGACAUGGAUAUGGCAGACUAUAGCGAUGCCCUGGACCCAGCCUAUACCACCCUGGAGUUUGAAAACAUGCAAGUUCUCUCCAUGGGCUCAGACUCCUCGCCGGCUGAGAGUGCCAACAUGAAUGCAGCCAACCACCUCGGAGCGGGCACCCUGUGUGCCAUCUGUGGGGACAGGGCCACGGGCAAACACUAUGGGGCCUCCAGCUGUGACGGCUGCAAAGGCUUCUUCCGUCGGAGCGUUCGCAAAAACCACAUGUAUUCAUGCAGGUUCAGCAGACAGUGCAUUGUGGACAAAGACAAGAGGAAUCAAUGCAGAUACUGUCGAUUGAAGAAAUGCUUUCGAGCUGGCAUGAAAAAAGAAGGUAUACAAUUCAUUCAACUUCAUUCAAAUGCUGUACAAAACGAGAGGGACAGAAUCAGCACUAGGAGAUCUAGCUAUGAAGACAGCAGUUUACCAUCUAUCAAUGCACUUAUCCAGGCAGAUGUACUCUCAAGACAGAUAUCCUCACCUGGACCUGUACUGAAUGGUGACAUCAGAACAAAAAAGGUAGCGACCAUCACAGAUGUGUGUGAAUCAAUGAAACAGCAGCUGCUGGUGUUGGUGGAAUGGGCCAAGUACAUCCCUGCCUUCUGUGACCUGCCCCUGGAUGACCAGGUGGCAUUGCUGCGAGCCCAUGCAGGAGAGAAUCUUCUGAUUGGAGCUGCAAAGAGGUCUAUGUUGUACAAGGACCUCCUGUUACUAGGAAAUGACCACAUUAUUCCCCGGAACUGCCCGGAGAUGGAAGUGUGCCGGGUAGCAGUGAGGAUUCUGGACGAGCUAGUGCUGUCCUUCCAGGAACUCCAGAUAGACGACAAUGAAUAUGCUUGUUUGAAAGCAAUUGUUUUCUUCGAUCCAGAUGCCAAAGGUCUGAGUGACCCAGGUAAGAUCAAGCGGAUGCGUUACCAGAUUCAGGUCAGCCUAGAAGACUACAUCAACGACCGGCAGUAUGACUCCCGGGGACGCUUCGGAGAGCUGCUCCUGCUGCUGCCCACACUACAGAGCAUCACCUGGCAGAUGAUCGAACAGAUACAGUUUGUCAAACUCUUUGGCAUGGCCAAGAUUGACAACCUGCUCCAAGAGAUGCUCUUAGGAGGUUCUGCUACUGAGGCACCUCACACACCUCACUCUCUGCAUCCACAUCUGGUUCAGGAACACCUCAGCAACAAUGCCAUCGUUUCAAGCAACAUGGCUACUUCCAUCCACAAUGGCCAAAUCUCCACUCCUGGAACCCCAAUCCCCUCUCCUCCCACAGUCUCCAGUUCAGAACACUAUAAAAUGGCUCAAGGGGUUAUAGCCACUGUACCCAAGCAUCCUAUCUCCAUCCCUCAGCUCACCAUCACCAAGCAAGAAGCCAUCUAACACAGAACUGGA